AUGGCUCUGAGAUUAAGCUUUGUCAGAGAAACAAACCCGAUUUCUCAAAUGACGCAGAAUUUGACAUUGCAUGAGAAAGACCCGUCAGUUAAACUGGUCAUUUUGCAGGCUAAUGGAAAAGCAUUUUGUUCCGGUGGUGAUCUAGUAUCAAUCGUUACUUCUUCCAUUGUAGAAUCAGGGCACUGGUCUUUUGCUAUGCUUCAUUACAAGAAACUUCUCACACUCAGCUACCUACUAGCGACCCACAAACAACCUGUGGUGUCCCUGAUGAAUGGAAUGGUUAUGGGAGCAGGAGCUGGUCUCUCCAUGAACGGAACCUUCAGGGUUGUCACUGAAAAAGCUGUGUUUGUUAUGCCGGGGGCAUCUAUAGGAUAUUUUCCAGAUAUGGGCGAGUACUUGGGAUUAACUGGGAGGCAUUUGAAUGGAGCAGAAAUGGUUGAACGUGGCCUUGCUACUCAUUUGUCCCUUCCAAGCUUCAUUUCAAGACGGUCCCUGUCACCUUGUUGUUUCCUGUUGCCACCGUCAGAGUCUGCGGAGGAGUAUAGGAUUUGUCACUGUGAAGGCUUGAUUCAACGUCGCUAUCCAUUGCAUGGCAUGUCUGAGUCACCCUGCGUAUUCGUUGCCGUCCAACAUUUUUCUAGCAGUGCUCUUUGCGACCUUGCAAGUUCGGGUUUCGAAUUCCAGCUUCAACUCAGAGUCAUGGUCGAGAGUCGUCGGAUGUCUGACGGCAAUAAUGUUGACACGCCAUUAAAGACAAGUUUGUCACCCGCCAUCAAGAUUUGUCUUGAAGACCAAAGCCGUUAA